AUGGCUGAUACUGUGUUGGAACUAAACCUUGGUUUAGGGCAGUCUCCAAGGCCACGAUGCCCCGCACCGUUUCUUUUGAAAACUUACGAUUUGUUGGAAGAAAGUGAGGUGAAUGGUGAAGCUGAAGAUCAUAGCACCAAAAUAGUGUCAUGGAAUGCAGAAGGAAAUGGUUUUGUUGUGUGGUCUCCUGCUGAAUUCUCAGAGCUCACCUUGCCAAGAUUUUUCAAGCACAACAACUUCUCUAGCUUCAUUCGCCAAUUGAAUACAUAUGGAUUUAAGAAAAUAUCAUCUAAGAGAUGGGAAUUCAAGCAUGAGAAAUUUCAGAGGGGCUGCAAGCAUAUGCUAGUUGAAAUCACGAGGAAAAAGUGCGAGCCAAGUGUCUUUCCUUCAUACCUCAAGUCUUCUUCAGAGGAAAAUGCAGUGACUUCCAUGGAAGAAAAUAAUCAUCAACUACUUAUGGAGGAGAACAUGAACCUAAAGAAGGAGAGAUUGGAGCUGCAAAUGCAGAUAGCCGAAUGCAAAGCAUUGGAAAUGAAAUUGUUGGAGUGUCUCUCUCAAUUUAUGGAUAACCACCAAAAUAAAGUUAGGAGACUCUGUUAA